CACAGCGCAGCAGUACUUCUCUCAGACGCAACAGGAACGGCAACUCCUCAACUCCUGCUCGUGCAUCUACAGAAUCUAACAGAAACAUGGAGAAAGGCCAGGGACCACCCCAGGAUUUGGCUCCCCCGUACCCAGGGCCUCCGCUCAACAACUACGGAGGCAUGGCCAUGCCAGGCCAGCCGGUCUUCCAGACUGCCCCAUACCAGCCGCCGCAGCCUGAUGGCUACCAGGGAGGUUCCGCCCCCGGCAUGUACCCUCCUCCUCCCCAGUUCCCUGGCGGACAGCCCCCGCCCGCCACCGUGGUGACCCAGGUGGUGAUGGUUCCAGGCCUGACGGACGUGCCGGGCCAGACCCAGUGUCCUCACUGCCGCCAGCAGGUGGUCACCCAGACAGAGCACACCUCGGGGCUGCUCACCUGGAUCAUCUGCGGCUCGCUUGCCUUCUUCCUGUGCUGGCCAUGCUGCUGCAUCCCCUUCUGCGUGGACGCCUGCAAGGAUGUGGAGCACCGCUGCCCCAACUGCAACAAAAUCAUCCACAUCUACAAGCGAAUCUGAGCCGCCCCGCCCCGCCCC